AUGACAAGACUUAGCUCGCCGUUCGUUAAACAAACGUCUUUUGAAGUGGAAUAUGCUCCAGCAUAUAUAACUAAAUGGAAAUCCCAGCGCACAGGCUUGCAACUAACGUACAUCAAUCAACCAUCUCCCGUGGUUAAUGGGUAUUUUGCAGUUGCCACCGAAAUCAGCGACGAUUCCGGGUCGCCACACACGUUGGAACAUUUGGUGUUCAUGGGGUCAAAAAAGUACCCGUACAAGGGGUUGUUGGAUACUUUGGGUAAUCGUCUUUACUCGCAAACCAAUGCAUGGACCGCUACGGAUCAAACGGUGUACACAUUGACUACCGCUGGAUGGGACGGAUUCAAGACAUUAUUGCCUAUAUAUUUGGAUCAUUUGUUGAAUCCUACAUUGACCGAUGAGGCGUGUUUGACCGAAGUGUAUCAUGUCGAUGGUAAGGGUAAAGAAAAGGGGGUUGUGUUUAGCGAAAUGCAAGGUAUAGAAGGUCAGUCGUGGUUUGAAACGUCUACACAGUUGCAGAGAAUGUUGUAUGCGCCAGAUCUGGGCUAUUCUUCGGAAACUGGUGGACUCAUGGCUGAAUUGCGUCAUUUGACAAAUGUAAGGAUCAAGGAGUUUCACAAGUCAAUGUAUAGACCGGAUAACUUGUGUGUGAUUGUUACUGGGUCGAUUGAUCAGGAUGAAUUAUUGCAAAUCAUGACUGAUUUUGAUACUGAGUUGGAAGCAUUACCCCAUGUGGCUAACAAGAGACCUUUUGUCGACUCCAAACAUGACGAGCCAUUGAAGGAGGAGGUUGUUAAGGUUGUUGAGUUUCCGGAAACUGAUGAAUCUACUGGUGAGGUGUUGAUGGCGUGGAUUGGUCCUUUGGGAGACGAUCCUAUCAUAAAUACUGCUGUCGAUAUGGUGGGUGCUGCAUUCACAGAUAGUGCUAUUUCCUUGUUUAAUAAGCAUCUUGUGGAGAUUGAUAAUCCGUAUGCUACUGCGAUAAUGUACCAUACCGAUGACUAUUAUAGAACGGCAUUAAACUUUACAUGCAACGGGGUGCCAACUGAGAAAUUGAGCGAGUUGGUGACCAAGGUGAAAGACUUGAUCAAGUCACAAACUAUUCCAGAAGAGUUCAACUUGUUGUACAUGAGACAAAUUAUCAAUCAACAACGAUUAAAGUUUAUAUCACAAACUGAAAAGUCUCCCGUGGUAUUUUCAGACAUUGCCAUACUUGAUUUCAUAUACGGUAAACCUGAUGGGAGCGAUUUAUCAAAAUGGGCACAAAACUUGAACGAAUAUGAUGAGUUAUUGACUUGGAGCUCCGACCAAUGGUGCGAUUUGAUCAAGGAGUAUUUUGUUGAUAAUAAAUGUGCUAUUGUUUUGGGAACCCCCUCGAGAAACUUGAAUGACGAAAUGAAGAAACAGCAACGUGAAUUGAAUAAGAACAUCAAAAACAAGUUAGGAGCUGAUGGGUUGAAGCAAGCCCAUGAUAAAUUGGCAGCUGCUCAUGAGUUCAAUGAUCGUCCUAUUCCCGAAGAGUUGCUUGUCGCAUUUGCCAAGCCUGAUCCAUCGAAAGUUGCUUUUAUAAAAACGAAUUCAUACAAAGCAGGAUACAGCAAAGGUGUGGUUGAUGUAAACACUAACCUGUACAUUGAAUCGGACGAGCUUUAUGCCAAGCUCCAUCAAGACACACCCUCUGGCUUCCCACUUUUCAUGCACUUUGAAAACUUCAAGUCGCAAUUUGUAACUAUACAAUUGGUUAUGGCCUCAACUAAAUUACAGCCACAUUUGCUUAAAUACAUGUCGAUAUUGGAAGAGAUUUUCAGCAUGUCGAUGAAAUUGCCCAAUGGAGAAUACAUUUCCUACGAACAAGUAGUUUCCGACUUGAACCGAGACUUGAUUGAAUUCCAAUUGGAUAAUGGAUUCAAUUACCAAUUCUACGAUUUGAUUACCCUUCUGGUAAAAUGUGAAACGAAAAAAUACGCCACUGCAAUCAAUUGGAUAUACAAUAUUGUCAAUUUCGUUGAGUUUGAAGAAGGCAGAGUCAAGGUCAUUUUGGAGAAAUUGAUUGGGUCCUUACCAGAUAAGAAACGUGAUGGUGAGUUGAUGAUGUACUCGUCACAAUUUCGAAACUUGUUCAAUGAUUCUUCAUUAAGGAAGCAGCAGGAUUCAAUCAAUACCGAAUCGUUUUUCAAAGAGUUGUUGCAAUUGAUCAAUGAUGGGAAAUUUGAAGAGAUCAAACGUGAUUUGAACGAGAUUAAACGUAACUUGUUCAACUUGGAUAAUAUCAAAUUGAUUGUCUUGGGUGAUGUAUCGUCAUUAGAAACACCAGUUAGCUCAUGGACGAAAUUCGUAGCCCAAGAUGAACCAAGCACUGAAAAAAUCACUUCGUCCAUCAUUCCAUUCAGUCAAUUACCACGGUCGUUCCAGUUCAAGUCUGAGCUCGGAUUCCGAUGCAAAUCCCAAGCGGUUCUCAUUGACAUGAAGGCAACAGAAUCUACCCACUUGGUAUCAGUAACACCAAUACCCACAGACUACUUGCACGAUGACAUUCCACGAAUCGCACUUACUAUUGAGUUUCUCUGUGCUGUAGAGGGCCCAUUCUGGCGAUCAAUUAGAGGUUCAGGUUUGGCUUAUGGUGUUAGUAUGAAGCAGAAUAUCGAGACUGGGUUUUUGAGUUUUAAAUUUUAUCGUGCUGCUGAUGCAAAACAGGGGUGGAUUGAGUCGAAAAACUUGAUGAAUCGAUUUGCGAACGGAGAGUUGCCUAUAGAUGCAUUGAGUUUGGAGAAUGCCGUGGCUGCUAUUGUUAAUGAGUUGGCCAAUGCCCAGGAAUCCAGUUAUGAUUCUGCUAGUGCGAAAAUUUGUGACAACUUGUUCAAGGCAAGAGGUCCCAAUUAUAUCGAGUCGUUUUUGCACCAAUUGAACCAGUUGGGCGCUGAUGACGUGAGGUAUGUGUUGAAAAAGUAUUUUGUGAAAUUGUUUGAUGCUGGUCAUUCGGUUGUGUUUACGAGCUUGCCCAUGGAGAAAAUUGAAGAGAUGGGCAAGUUUUUGCAAGGUGAAGGUUACAAUAUCAAGGUGGAGGAGAUUAACCAUGAUGAAGAGGAGGAGGAGGAGGAGGAGGAAUUUGAACAAGAGAGUGGCGAUGACGAAACUGUUAGUGGAAGUGGAAGUGACAGUGGAAGUGACAGUGACAGUGACAGUGACAGUGAUGACGAGUGA